GCGGGUGGCUUGUACACAAUCAUCAUGGCCGCCGCCGCCUCAGCCUCUCCCGAUUCAGAGGAGGCCGGCAUGGACGCAGAGGCCCAGAACCCGCCGCCGCUAGGAGGCCGAGAGGACGGCGAGCAGGACCCCUCCUCGGCCGAGAGCCCUCCGGAGACAGACGCGCCCGAGGACGACCCGCCGGAUGCCUCCCAGGCCUCUGUCAGCAACGGCGGCGACCCGGAGCUGGAGAAGGAGCUGGUGGAGCUCAGAAUCAUCUGGAACAAAAACAAGUACGACGUGAAGUUCCCGCUGGACAGCACGGGGGCCGACCUGAAGCAGAAAAUCCAUUCGCUGACAGGCCUUCCUCCCACAAUGCAAAAGGUCAUGUUCAAAGGACUUCUGCCCGAGGAGAAAACGUUGCGGGAAAUCAAAGUAAUCAAUGGUGCAAAAAUCAUGGUGGUUGGCUCCACCAUCAAUGACGUCUUAGCAGUGAACAUACCGAAAGAUGCUGCUCAGCAGGAAGUGAAGUCGGAAGAGACCAAAAAGGAGCCCCUCUGCAGGCAAAAGCAACAUAGGAAAGUGUUGGAUAAAGGCAAACCGGAAGAUGUGAUGCCUUCUGUCAAAGGUGUGCAGGAGCGCCUGCCAACUGUCCCUUUGUCGGGUAUGUACAACAAGUCAGGUGGGAAAGUGCGGCUCACUUUUAAACUCGAACAAGAUCAGCUCUGGAUUGGCACUAAAGAGAGAACAGAAAAAUUACCCAUGGGGUCCAUCAAGAAUGUGGUGAGUGAACCUAUCGAAGGGCACGAAGACUAUCACAUGAUGGCCUUUCAGUUGGGUCCCACCGAAGCCUCCUACUACUGGGUCUAUUGGGUGCCUACUCAGUAUGUUGAUGCAAUCAAGGACACGGUGCUGGGGAAGUGGCAGUACUUUUGAAGGCACGCUCACCUCUGGCACUGGAGACUGAUACGGACCUAAGGACACUGCUGGGAGAGGCCUGGACAGGGGUUGUCCUAGAACAACUUAAUCACUCUGAUCUCGAAGAGGCCUGAGAGGACGCCAGAGGUGGGGAUUUCUCGCCAUUAGUUUGUUUUUAACUUAAAGUGCAGCAGCAGCAGCAGCAGCCCUCUUUUUCUGCAGGCGACUUCCACCUUAUUUAAGAACAAAAAAGCAAAUAUGAUGGAAAUCAAUAAAUCUUAAUUCACAAACCACUGUGUGUAAUACACUUUAACUCUGCUGAGCAUAGUUUUCGGAUGUGUAGUUUCUGCAAGGGUAAAGUGGAGACACCACUAAAGAUUUUCUGCCUAAUUUGAAGAGUCAGAUAUUUUCAUGCUCUUCCAUUUACAAACAUUGGGGUUUCUUUGAACCACAUGCUUGUGACAGGGAGCUUGAGGAAUAAUCUUUUGCUUGCUUGCCUUUUUUUUUUCAAUAUUACAAAAAAUCUUUCCAAGCAGUAUGCAAAUGUGGGUUUCAUAAGCCAUAUCUUCCUGGCCCUUGAGUUUUCUUGAGGCUUUUCUGGUAGCAACCUCCUCUGUUAACCCAAAGAUGCUUGGCUCCUUCUUUGAAAAAUCACAGCCACUCUUCCAUGGGGAAGUGUUGAGCAUCUCAGCUUUCAAGAAGGAUAAUGCUGCAGUCUUGCAGCCCAGUGGGCUCCUGCUUGCUGUGCUCUUUUCUCCCUCCCUCUAGCACUUUGGUAACAUCUGUGUGGGGUGAGGGGCUGUGCCUUACAGAGCACUUCUUUGCUAUCUCUGUUGCUGUCUGGGAUCACUUGGCAGCGAAGGUACCUCUGCUUUUGGUGCUCAGCAUUCUCUGGGACCUGGCAGCACCCCAGCAUCCGCGGUGCCUCCCCAAGAUGCCCGUGCAGGCAGCUCCUCCUCCUCUGGUUCUCCGCUUCACUUCUUGGUCUGAGCUGAGAGAGAGGAGAGGAGGUCUGACGGAGGGGGCAGGUGAAUCCGGAACUGAGGUCAGCUUGGGCGUUCUAGGCCGGCUAGACUUGUGUGCUGUGGCAGUGAGGUGGCUUUGCCUUCAGCAGUGCGUCCUGCAGACCCUUUCCUGCGGGUUAAUGGUACUGUCAAACAUUUGGCAACCUCCUUGAGGAUCUGAGGCUGCUGUUACCGUUGCAGCUGAGCCUGAGGUGGCCUUUUUAAGACACAGCGCUGAACUGUGGUGGCACUUCUGAGGACACUGAGCCUUUCUGAAGGGAAGCGUCUGCGCAGGAUGUGGACGUUGCUUUGUGUGAGGAGCGUGUCGGAAGGAGGAUGUCCCUCUUGGGAGCUCUUUCUGCUGUGCUCUCACUCUGUUCAGCUGAGCCAGUGAGCGUCUGUGGCACAUUGGUCCUCAGCCUGAUUAUGCAGCAAUAACAUGCAACGUCAGCAAAAGUUUCAUCUGAAUAGACGUGUUGGGGAGAAGAAGAAUGCCUAGUAGUAGGAGCUUGUGGUGCCCGUUCACGGAGCCUGAAGGAGUGGCUGAACAUCAUGGCAUGAGAAGCCUGGUCCUCCUUGGCCCUGUUAGGAAUGCUGGCCAAGGGUGGCGGCUGCACCAGGCUGGCGAAUCCAGGAGGGACUCCCCGUGAGAGCAGGCCAGAGGGGGGAGGACCGCGCCACCUCUGUUCUCCUUGUGGGGCUGAGCCAGCUGCCUUUCUGUUCGGCUGUCGUAUCGCUCACCUGUGCAGAAUAAAGAGCCCCAAUCCUUGCAGCGGCAUUAACUUCCGUACUGGCAGGUUUUGUUUCGUUGCUUCUGCGAUUGAGUAAGGGAAGCAAACCAGACAUCUCACCCAGUGACUGGUGUUUGCAUUGACGGGGUGGUUGGUGGCCAGGAAUGCGGCUUCUUUUCUGCUUUGGCUGCUCUUCUACCCAAGCUGUUUGCAGGGAGAAUUGUGUGUGUCCCACCCACCCAUCGUGAUUUGCUUCGUGGCGCUUCAUUCAAGGGCCGUUUAUCUCAGGUCUUCUGAUUCCCACGCAGCAGUCGUUAACAAACUGGCUCUCCCAAGGAGGCCGGGUCUGAAUCCCACCUGUGCCUAAUUGGAUGUAGGACUCUGCUUGAUGUGAGAUCUCCCCGAGCUGUGAGAUGAUGGUACGGUCCACUCAAGUGGUUGCACAGGGUGUGUGUUCACACAGGUCUUGUGUUCUUGUCCUGGAAGAUGUGGAGGAUUUUGGUAUUGCUGGAAGUCUUUUACGGAACAGGAACAGCUACAUUUUUAUGUCUGCAGGGAGGACUAUCUCGAUGGAUGUAUGGAGGUUUUCUGGAGCUGAGCUUCUCCUCUGCUUUCCCUCUUCCUGCCCUAUCCUGAAGCAGGGCGGAGUGGGCGGGGGGGCUGUGCACCUGAGGCAGAGCCUGCUCGCCCGUGACUUGUGCCGAUGAGAACAGCGAGCCCAAAGUAUCCAUCAGGGGGGCACUUCGUUGGCACAGCCAGGCUCCGGAGCAGGCCUGGGAGGGAGGGGGGGAUGCUCCAGUUCCUGAAUCCCUCGCUUCUCUGGUUGUUCUCAGGGAGGCCUUGAAGGCCUUUGCCAUUUGCAGUCCUCAGCGCAGGAGUGCAGCAGAGGCCAUUUUUCUGCCCUCCUCUCUGAAUGCAUCCGCUGACGGCUCAGCAACUUCACACUUCCCAGUGAGCGUGUGCAAAGGCAGAUGUGGGAGCAAGGGCCCAGGUCGCAGCUCUCGAAAGUAAGGGAGAAAUGAGUUCUCUGGACUGCUGUGGUUUCUCUCUCAGGUGAACUGUUCCAAACAGGUGUUCCUAGCCGCUAUAGUCUGAAAGUGCUGUGGAGAGUGGAAGGGCAGGGCUUGCCUGUCGUGGUUCACAGAUGCACUGAUGUUGGCUUCCCUUCAGCAAGGGGAUGGCUGCGGGGCUGGUGCUUAGAGAUCGCCUUCUAGCCUUGUGUCGGCAAGAUGCAAGUGUGGUUGGGGUCCCAGCAUCUAGGAACCAGAGCAUAAUUUCUAGGGGACAGCAUUCGUUUUUCUGCUUUGGAACCAGUGCACUCUUUGAGUCUCCAGUCUUCUUCAUGGCACAACCAUCUUUUAGAAAUUCAGUAGUGCCAUCUCUAAUCUUUAAGAGGCCAAGAAUCUUCCGGCCUGCCAAAUAGAAAGGUCUGUAAAAAUAUACCAACCAGUAAGAGAUGUAUUGGGGCUUACUAACACUGCUUUGAACAAGAAAAGUACAGAUACAAAUGAGUGCUUCUGAGCUUGUGAGGGUGCAUUUUCUGAAGCCUAGCAAACAUACAUAUGGCCUAAGCUGACUAGGGAGGGAGGGGAUAAAAAAGAUCCUUUUUUUGGCAGCUAAGAACAUGCUUCAAAGUUGUUCCUGCCCAAGUUUUAGGGGUGUUUUUGGUUCAGAGGAACUGGAAUCCUGAUGUUUCAGGCGCUGCCGUUCUUCCCAAGUGGCUUUUUCAGCUCACUGCAGGGUGUUACAAAAGCCGGAUAGUUACCUGCAGUUCCACACCGUGUUGCCUUCAGCUGUGAAUCAACUCUGGAGUCCCUCGGGGCCAUUCCACUCAGUAGAUCAGUGUCUCGUGGACUGCAGCACAUCUGGCAGGGGUGUUCUUUGUGGCUGAUGGGGGGGAGUGGGUGGUGUUGCUGUUAGCCUUUUAGGGAUGCUGUGUACUGCACUAGCUCUGGGGCAGUAAACCCGCCCCCCCCCCCGGCAGAUUGCUAGGGAAGUAUCUGUCGAUCUGAUAGUGUUGCGCUGUGAGCAUGGAAGGAGCUUCCAUAGAUGCAGGCACUGUAUGUGCUUUGACACCUCUUAAAACAUCUGCAUUUUUUUCUCUUUUUUCCCAGUCACAGUCUGCCCCAUCUUGUCCUGCCCCAUAGAUUCCCUGGAGUUCUGUAGCAUUCCACGAUCUGACAUCACUGUCCAGGGGCUAAUGUCACUUGGCCCUCUGCAUCCCAUGGACGGGGGUGUUCGCAAUGGAGCAGCCCCUUUAGGCUGGUUUUUCAUGCUUGACUGGCUGGAGUAUAUGAGUGUAUCCAUUUCUUCCUCAAUGUCUAGCUUGUGUGCAUCCCAUUAAAAGAGCUUGUGUGGAUUUUUUCCUAACAGGAAAUACAUAUACAGCGGGGGGGGGGGGGGCAGUAAGAAGUUGUUUGGGGAUGCCAAGCUGUGUGCCAGGUUUCAACCAGAUGGGAGAUGCACAGCCUAGCAGCCAGAAUCUCUCAAGCCUUUCACCACAGGCCAGACUGCAUGUUUUGCACCCCAGCCACUGAAACACAGCUUUUGAGAUUGCCACCAGGAACAGAGGCUGUCCCUUGAUGCUCAGUUGCAGCUGCUGAGGCCACUGUUUGCAUUUUAAAAAGUAGUCAGAAAAAAAUACACAGCUGUGCACAUUGUAUCGUUGGGCCGUGGGGCGGAGCUGCAGAGUUAAUUUUAGUCCACUUCAGGGUGGAAAAAUCCUGGUGCCGAGAGAGAGAGAGAGAGAGAGAGAGAGAACGCUGGCACAAGGGAAACUGCCCUCGGAACAGGGACUGUGGUCCCUGCUUGUGUGUUGCCCUUUUUCUUCCUGGUGUCUGUGGGCCCAGGUCUAGGGCGCAUUUUGCAAUCUCUUCCUCAGAGGUGCCAUAUCAUUAGAAUUUCCUGACUCUCAGGCUUCGAGCCAAGGGGAAUGUUAACAUCCCCACACAUACACCUGCUUGGUAUUGUAAGAUCACCUUCCAUGGUGCCCCCCCUUAUUCCACUCCCCUCAGUGUUGGAAGUUCUCAUCCUCUAUAGUUUCUCAACAGAGACCCGUGCUCAGCCGUGCUGCUCACUUGCCCUCUUCCCCUCUCUCACCUGUUGCCCAGGAGUGAAGCAACUGCCCAGGACCGGGCUGGUGCUUGCCACAGGGAGAGUUAGAUGGCUAGGGUAUAAUCCUUUCCUGUCCAGCCAGUCUCAGUGCUUGGUUCCAGUGAUGCCAUGUUUGAUCUGGAUUCACAUGUAUCUUUUGCUCUUUGUUGGGCAGUGGAGCUUGCAAGAUGCCUGCAGGGUUCUCUGACGAGGCUUUUGUGGGAGGAGUUCUCGGCAACAGAUCUGGCAUUAAUUCUACUUCCCCUGUGGCAUAGCAGUUCUUAGGUAUCUGUGAAAGCCCCAUUUGUGGGGCUGGUGGUGGGGAGGAGGGAGGGAGGGAGACAGCAGGAUAGGCAGUUUAGCCUUGGAUAUGCACUGCUGGGAUAUUUUAAAGUGUAACUUGUCCAGUUAUUAUCCUUCUUGUUCUGUUCUGUAAUAUCAAUCAGUCUUGUCAAAUAAACUUUGGUA